AUGGACUCUCAGUCUAUCUCGUCAGUCACGCCAGUCAUGCCUGGCAGAUCAGCCGUCAUGGAAGCGGCUUCGUUAGACAUUCCCUGCGUCAUAAGCUCGUUCUUCGACUUCAUCUUACUAGUUGCGCUCCCAUAUCUCAUGUUAACCAAGAUCCGCCCCGGGUCAGUGUCACGUCGAAAUAUGUCAACCCAUCGAAAACUUCUACUAAAGCUUUCGAGGGGUACAGCUGUGGCACUGUGGGUUGCAGCAGUCGUUGUCUGGCUUACCUGGACGAUUCGGUUCGGAUUCGAGCCUCGGGCUCAAACAUUCUUGUUUCUUCUGCUCGUGUUCUUUGACGCCCUUAUCUUUCUGGUUUCCAUGUUCCCUGUUUGGUAUGAAGACUUCUCACAGUACAUGGAUGAGGAUGUAGCCCUGAAUGACUUUGAGGCUUCUGUGUCUGGAGAUGAGGAGGAGGGAAACUUUAAGGGGGAUGAUGUUUACACCCAACCCUAG